CGGGCAGCUCGAACGGACCCUUCCCUUGAAGCUUCUCUUGACGGUGGAAUUUGGCGUCAUUGAUUGUCAUGGCGACUAGCAUUAUAUAGCCAAGGUGUGCCGUGAUCACAAAAAACGACUUUCAUUAUUUCACCAGAACUUAGCAUUCCUCCUGACCUAACAGUGGGUAUAUGACAUCAACGACCAGGAAUCAUAACCGAUUCAUUCACUGUAUUGCUGGCCCAAGUAAAUCGGAUCCAUAAUGUCUACUACAGUACCAGAUUCCAUGCGAGCAGUGGUGGGUAACCGAGCAGUGACCGCGCGACUGGCCAACUAUGUCUGGGGUAAACCAUGCGGAGAUGGAGUGAAGGUGCAAAACGUUCCUACGCCAACCAUAUCCGACUCAGAAAUCCUUGUCCACGUCAAAGCUGUCGCUCUGAAUCCGACGGACUUCAAACAUGUUGAUCUUCUCGCCCAUAAAGGGGCUAUUAUCGGUUGCGACUUUUCUGGAACUGUUGCAAAGGUGGGAUCCAAUGCACCCGGCAACUGGAAAAUUGGGGACCGAGCAGCAGGUUGGGUCCAUGGUGGUUUGUAUUCUGACCGUGGCUCGUUCGCCGAGUAUCUCAAGGUCCCAGCGGACCUAGCAUGGAAGGUUCCUCCCGCUGUGAGCGAUGAAGAAGCAAGCACGUAUGGGGUUUCUGCCGUCACCGCUGUGCUGGCGCUCAAUGCUCGCCUGGAUGUUCCUUGGGCAGACGGAGGCAAGGAAGGAGGACAUCGUGACUCGCCGGUGUUCAUAUAUGCGGGUGCCACUAGUGCCGGCCUCUACGCCAUUCAGGUGGCCAAACUGGCAGGCUUGAAGGUCGUAGCCACCGCAUCUCCACGGUCCCAUGACUUGGUGAAGCAAUACGGAGCAGAUGAUGUAUUUGAUUACCGAUCUCCAACCGCAGCAGAAGAAAUCGCCAGGGCGUAUCCGCAGAUGAGCCGAGCCAUGGACUGCUUUUCCGAAGGCGGUUCGACUGAAUUUUGCGUCAAGGUUGUGCGCCAGGCAAAGGGCAAGGUGAUUACACUAUUGGAUACAGGGAAAAAGAAUGUAGACGGGGUGGAAGUGGAGUUUUUCCUUGGUUAUGGGGCCUUCAACCGUCCAUGGCAGUGGCUGGCUCCUGUCGGACCUCGAUUUUCGGCCAGCCCGUCCGACAACGCAGCUCUACGUCGGUUUUAUGCCUCAUUGCACGAACUCUGCCAUCAACUGCGGCCACCUCCUCUGAAGCAGAUCGAGGGCGGGCUGUCCCAUCUCAGUGAAGGUCUCGAUCUCCUUCGCCAGGGAAAAGUUGCGGGUACAAAGUUGGUCGCACGUCUGGACUAAAUUUCCACCCCCCUAUAAUGCACAUCAGUGUGUAGUACAAACUUGAUCCCUCGUGUACUUAUACUUUUAAUGUUCGUUAAAUGGUAAUGUGUGAGCACGGCUAAAUAAAGAGUCUGCGAGAGCUACUCAUACUAGGAGGUUUAGCUGUGAAAUACGGUAAUCCUAUAGCAUGUGCACGUCCCGGAAUCAAAAAUAUAAUUGACCUAUUAUGGUGC